GUCCCCCUGGAGACUAGCAGGAGCAACACGUGAUGUGUCUACUUAUCAGGUUUAGGGAGAGGAUAGCGCUGCGCUUAGAGACGGAGUGAGGGAGAGAGAGGAGAGCUAAAUAAGUGAGACUUUUUCAGUCUCUCAACUCUUUCUUUCCAUCUUCCUUCUUCAGGAAGAAAUCGGGAGAAAGGGAAUUAUAAAGUUUGGGGAACUUUGCACAUCCUCAGAAACGCCAUUUUGAUUCCUCUCCGGAACAACUUUGCAGCUUUUUUUUUUCUUAGUCCAUCAUCACCAUUCACCAUCAUCAUCAUGUCUCGGCGCAAGCAGCCCAACCCCAACAAAGUCAAACUAUGAACAGUCACAGUAUGAUGUGCCCAACCCUGACUGAUACCUGAACGGUAUAACCCUGGUCUCUGGAGGGGUAAAUAUAACAAAUGGAAAGUGCCUGUGAGGACAAGAAGGAUGGCGAAGGCAUCGCCGCUGCAGCAGCCCUGGCCACCGAGAGCUCGGACAAGAAGGAGGAUGUUUCCGCGCACAUACAAACGCAGGAUGAACAAAGAGGUAAAAAUGGCGAUCCAAUUUGUGGGGGCGAGGAGAAGGCAGGAGGUGGGGAAAAUUCAGACGGGAUCGACCUGUCGUCCAUAAAUGCCAUGAUGUCAACUGUGAUGAGUGUGGGCAAGAUGAAUGGCGCCAGCGACACCUCCCCUGUCAAGACUUCCAACAAGUCUCCUGGGCCCAGCCGGAUUGGAAGGAGAAACCAGGAAACCAAAGAAGAUAAGUCUUCGUUCACAUGUCCAUUGUGUGACAAGAACUGUCUAACACAGCAUCAGCUCACUAUGCACAUUCGACAGCACAACUCUGACAGCGGUGCCACGGACCACUCGUGCAGCAUCUGCGGAAAGUCCCUGAGCUCGGCCAGCUCCCUGGACCGGCACAUGCUGGUGCACUCUGGAGAGAGACCCUACAAGUGCUCCGUCUGCGGACAGACCUUCACCACCAACGGCAACAUGCACAGACAUAUGAAGAUUCAUGAUAAGGACCCAAGCAGUGUGGUGCCCUCCAGUCCACCCUCCCCUACAAAGAGAAGGAGACUGUCAACAAAGAGGAAACUCAGCCAAGAGGGCGAUACAGAGAAGCCAGAGGAUCCACCCAGCAAAAGGGCGUCAGAAGAGAGCCCAGGAGACGAGCAGGACACUAAAGUAGAGGAGGACCUACUGCACUGCCCCAUCUGCUUCAAGACGUUCAUAUGCAAAUAUGGGCUGGAGACCCACAUGGAGACUCAUCCAGACACCACUCUCAGGUGUGACCUCUGCUGCAUCUCCUUCCGCACUCACCGCGGCCUGCUCCGCCACAACACCGUCGUCCACAGGCAGCUGCCCACCGACCCUUCUGGAAAGCCUUUCAUCCAGAACAACCCCUCCAUUUCCGUGGGCUUCAACGACCUGGCCUUCAUCGAUUUCUCCUGCCGCAAGUUUCCUCGCAUUGCUCAGGUGUGGUGCGAGACCAAUCUGAGGAGGUGCACCAGCAAGUUUCAUCGGUUCGUGUGCGAGACCUGCAACAAGGCCUUUCCCCUGCAGUCCGCCCUGGAUCUGCACAUGCACACCCAUAAAGGAGCCGAGGAAGAUGAAAACGUCAAGCCCCAAAGGGCUCCAGUGGAAAACCCAGAAAAGAAGAGCUACAUGGCAUCUCUGGGGCUGCAGCACAUCUCCGAGGCCAAGUCAAUGAAGGAGGAGGAGGAGGCGGCCUUUGCAGAGCUGGAGAAUAUCAAAGUCAUACGGGUUGAGCCACCCAAGUCUAACCUACCUCAGGAGGCCAGCUGUAUCACUGGGUUGAACCUCCCUCUCCUUGAUCCCACCUCUCUCACUAGUUUCUCUCAGGUGACCCAGAAAAACAGUUUAAAAUUUCUCUCCCUCCAGCCCUUCCAGAAGGGAUUCAUCAUUCAGCCGGACAGUAGUGUUGUAGUAAAACCUAUCUCCGGUGAGACCGGUGUUGAAUUAGCUGACAUCCAGCAGAUUCUUAAGAUGGCUUCAUCUGCACCACAACAGAUCACUCUUCCUCCUCUUUCUAAAGCCCCCUGCACUCCCACCCAGUCUGUCUACAAGCGGAUGCCUCCUCUGAAGCCAAAGCCCCUGGUUACACCCCGCACCACAGUGGCCACAUCUACCCCACCCCCACUUAUGAGUGCCCAGCAGGCCUCACCAGGCUGUAUCAGUCCCAGCCUUCCACCUCCCCCCAACCAGCUCCUUAAAUCGCCCGAUGAGUCCUCCUCCAGCAGCCAGAGUUCAGGGAGGGAAUCUGUUAGCUCCCAGGAGUUAAAAGCAGAUCAGGCGGACACAAAGACUCAGCUUGAACAAGAAGGCAUCAUCGAUGCACUGAUGACCAUGGAGAGCGAGCAAAAGAUCAAACAGGAGAUGAGCGAGGAAAAGGAUGCAGGCAGCAGUGAGGCUGGUGGGAAGAAGGGUGGGAAGAAGGGGCUUUACCCAUGCCGAUUUUGCAACCAGGUCUUUGCCUUCUCUGGUGUCCUGCAAGCUCAUAUCCGCUAUCACCUGGGGAUUUCGCCCUAUCAGUGCAAUAUCUGCGACUACAUUGCCCCAGAUAAGGCCACCCUCAUCCGCCACUUGCGUACACACAGCGGUGAGAGGCCCUACGUCUGCCGUGUCUGUCACUACCCCUUCACCGUGAAGGCCAACUGUGAGCGGCAUCUCCGCAAGAAGCACAUGAAGGCUACACGCAAGGAGAUUGAAAAAAAUAUCGAAUAUGUGUCUAGCACUGCCUCCGACUUGCUGGAUGCCACAGAAACGGUUUGUCGCUACUGUGGAGAAGACCUCAAGAAUUAUCGGGCACUGCAGAUCCAUAUGAGGACCCACAACGGCUGCCAGAAAAAGCCCUUUGAAUGUCGGCAGUGUGGUGCUGCCUUUCUUGCCAAGAGGAACUGCAUCCAUCACCUUCUCAAGCAGCACCCACAGGUACAGGAAAAGGAAAUAGAGGACCAAAUUGCCACCUUUAUCCCCAGCACCAGCAAAGUAAGUGGUUCUCCCCAACCUAGCUCACUCCAUCAAAAUGGGCUUCUUCCUAUAGGCCCUCAAAUCAUCAAAUCGGAAACCCUGAGCUUCUACUCACCUGAAAUGGACCAGCCUUUGGAUUUCUCCAGCAAGAGCCGGAAUACCAGUACCAUGGCUGUCAAACUGGAGGGUCUCCAUGCACCCCAGCUUUCACAGUAUGAAUGUUCUAUGGAGCCCAUUGACCUCUCUAUUCCCAAGAACUCUGAGAAGAAAAAGGAAGUCCUGCCUGUUGAGAUCAAGAAAGAGCAGCCAUCUCCAAGUUCCGACCUCCCUCAUUCAUCAGCCUUCCCAGGCAAAUCUGAUGUGGACAAACCAGUAGAGGAGAAACAAUACCCAGCCUUACAAGCCCCGUUUCAGCUUGCCCUCACUGUAGCUCCUGCAGCAGCUCUCAAUAGUUCUUCUGUACUCCGGCCCAUCAGGCCAAAACCACCAUUGCCAAAACUGUCUGCAGCAAAGGAACUGCCCCCCUUGGCGUCAAUUGCUCAGAUCAUCUCCUCUGUGUCAUCUGCUCCUGCUCUCCUAAAGAGAGAAGCUCCUCCCAGCAGUGGCACUGUGGGACCAGAGAAGGGUGCCAACCUGAAGGGGCUCCUCUCAGGUCCCCAGGUGGACUCUGAGCCAGCCGCUGAGUCCAGGUCCACAGCCGAGGAAAAUCUGGAUGCUUCCAUGGACGAGGCGCCACUAGGCGUCUCCAAGAAAAAAUGCAAGAAGAAACCAACCAGGAGCAAGGAGGGCCUCAACAAUAUCACCUGUGGCGGUGGGAUUGACUUGGAAUCCAGCGGAGAAUUUGCCAGCAUCGAAAAGAUGCUUGCCACAACUGAUGCCAACAAGUUCAGUCCCUACCUGCAGUCGAGCCCUGCCAGCGUAAAGGAGGAGGGAGAGCGGAGCCCCACUAGUGAGGAUGAGAAAGAGUCCCAGGAGGACAGGCAAAUGAAAGGGAAGAAGAAUGCUUACGCCAACUCCUUGCAGAAGAUGACCUGUCCCUUCUGCCCUAGAGUGUUUCCAUGGGCCAGCUCAUUGCAGCGCCACAUGCUGACUCACACGGGUCAGAAACCAUACCCCUGCCCAAAAUGUGAUGCCUUUUUUUCAACCAAGUCCAACUGUGAGCGCCAUCUACUGCGUAAACAUGGAGUUGCCAAUCGUACCCUGAGACGAAAUGGUACCAUCCCAAAAUCCAAGACAGGGGAUGAAGGAUCACAUGAAAGUGGAGAGAGCUUGUCAGAAACAGAGCUUCCAUCAGCUGAAGUGCUGGACCUGACCACUACCGAACCCGCAAAGGAGCCAGCAGAGCACAAACUGGAGACCUGCGAGAACAAGGCCGAGAUGACCAAGGACAAUACGCAGAAGAAAGAGGAGACCGGGCCUGCCGAGACCGCCCCAGAGGAGACGGAAAACGACGACGAUGCCCAAAGCAACAAGAGCCUGGACCUGAAUUUCGCCAGCAAGCUCAUCGACUUCAAGUUCUCUGAGGGGGACCAGGCAGCGGGGAGCAGCUCCCAGGAGGAGGGCAAACACAUCUGCAGGAGCUGCGGGAAGAGUUUCAGGUACGCGGCCACGCUCACGCGGCAUGAGAAAGCCCAUAUCCCGGACAGCCAGGCUGGGAGCAACAGGAAGGUGACCAGGAGGUCCGCGGAAGCAGCCGCGGAGGCAGGCAGAGCAGCCAAGAGCAGCGGGGAAUCGGAAAAACAAGACGGGCCCAAGGUGGCGGCGGCGGCGGCGGCGCGCGAGGCCGAGAACAACGGGAGCGGGGCGGAGAGCGUUUCGGAGGAGGAGGAGAAGGCCGCGGGGGAGGGAAAGAGUGACGAGGAGAGCAGCCACAAGGAACCAAAGAGCAGCGAAGGGGGCGGCAACAGCAAGGCCGACAAGCGGAAAAAGAUCUGCAACGUGUGCAACAAACGCUUCUGGUCACUGCAGGAUCUGACACGGCACAUGAGGUCGCACACAGGCGAGAGACCCUACAAGUGCCAGACGUGCGAGCGCACUUUCACGCUGAAGCACAGCCUGGUGCGGCACCAGCGUAUCCACCAGAAGUUCCGGGCGGGCGGGGGCACGGGGGGCGAGGAGGAGGGGGGCGGCAGCGGGGGCCGCUCGGGCAGCGAGAGCGAGUCCACGCAGAGCAGCACCAGCCCCCCCUCGGAGAACGAAAGCGAAGGAGCCAGUGCCAGCCUGGCCCAGGCUACCUCUGCCGCGAAGCCGGACGAGCAAGAAAGGUCAGCGGGACCUUCUGUCGAGCCCUCGGAUAACUACAUUCAAGGCCGGCUGGAGAUUCACACCAAGACCCCUCUGGACAGCAUCCUGCCUUCACCUGAACCCCAGCUUGUGAAGGUGGAGUGACCGGGAGGCGUGUUUUGUUACAGCCUUCUUUUUAUUAUGCAGAGCGCGCUGUGUUACUUCUGUGACAGUGCCAUGAAUUUGUAAUGCAACGGACUGUAAUCUUGUUUUUGGAGUGCCUUACUACUUUUGCUAGAUCUUUGUAUCAAGUUACAUAUUACAGAUAAUAUAAUAUUUUUUUUUUCGAGUAGCAUUUUUAAUGUUUUUUUUUUCCUCCUAAAGAAAUGUACUUU